AUGAACGGAGAGAAAAUGGGCGACUCUGUAAAUGCAAUUAGCAAUCCAAUUAGCGAAUUAAUUGACAAGGAAACAUUAUUUAAAUAUUUGCCGGUAGAGUUGACAGGACCGAAAGGUAGUAUAAAGGUUGUGGCCUUUAUAGAUGAAGGGUCAAAAAUAACACUUUUGGAAAAUGAAAUUGCUGAUAAAAUCGGACUUCAAGGUACUCCUAAUGAUUUAUGCCUUGGUUGGAUAGGAGGUAAGACGAGUAAUGAAAUGUCAAGAAAGGUGAAUUUUGAAAUAAGUAGUAUUAAUGAAAUUAAUCCCAGAUUCCAAAUGAGAAAUGUCUUUACGACGGAGAAUUUAAACUUGCCGUCGCAAAAUCUUCAAUUUGAUAAAUUUAGGAGAAAAUUUCCCAUUUUGAACGAUGUUGUCAUUGAUGAUUAUUAUGAUACCCGGCCAAAAUUACUAAUAGGUCUACCCCAUACUAGUCUCGUUCGUCCAUCUAAAGUUUUAAAUUUAGACGGAUGUUUUGCCUUACAUCAAACGAGUUUGGGUAACAUAAUUUUUGGAUCGAAUGAAAUCUCGACCGAGGCAACGGUAUGUAAAAUUGAUGUGGAUAUUUUAAAUAAUAUUCAUAAACAAGUUUUAGAUUAUUUUACUCUGGAAAAUUUGGGAAUUAAAUUAUUAGAGCCAAUAGUAUCUCAUGAUGAUAUGAGAGCUGAGGAAAUAUUGAAUAGUACCACAGUAAGAAAAGAGUCCCACUACGAAACUGGCCUUCUAUGGAAUCGGGAUAUGUUUGAAACCAAGGAUAGUUAUCCUAUGGCAUUAAAGCGACUGCAGAAUAUGGAAGCCAAAAUGAAUAAGGAUAAAAGUUUAGCUCAAUGGUAUAUGGCUAAAAUAAAUGAUUAUGUUGCUAAAUCCUACGCCAGGAGGUUAUUACCGGAGGAAGCUGCACUAAAAAAUAGUCGUACCUGGUACUUGCCUCAUUUUGUUGUAACGAAUGUAAAUAAGGAAAACAAAAGACGCCUAGUUUUUGAUGCGGCUGCAAGUAUAGAUGGCGAAUCCUUUAAUUCGAGGUUAAUGAAAGGACCCGUAAAGUAUCAACCUAAGUCGCUGUUGUCUAUAUUAUUUCGAUUUCGCCAGGGUAAAAUAGGAGUUUGUGCCGACAUCAGAGAAAUGUUCCACCGCGUCAGGAUUCGAGAAGAAGAUCAGACAGCUCAGAGGUUUCUCUGGCGAGAUGGGCAGUCUGAUAGGCCGCCUGAUGAAUAUGUUAUGCAGGUUAUGAUAUUUGGUUCGGUCAGCUCCCCUUGUUCAGCGCAAUAUGUUAAGAAUCUUAAUUCUGAAAUAUACAAAGAUACUCAUCCCAAGGCUUAUAAGGCAAUAGUUGAUAACCACUACGUCGAUGACUACGUCGAUAGUUUUGACGAUAUGAAUGAAGCCAUUAGUGUUACCAGGGAUGUAGUUUAUAUUCAUAGCCAAGCUGGUUUUGAACUGAGAGGUUUCGUGUCAAAUUCAAAGGAGCUUUUAACUGCAAUAAAUGAUAGCGAACAUAUAAAUGACGAUCAAAGUUUGACAAAUUUAUGCGAUAACGAAACUACAACUGGGAAAAUUUUGGGGAUGCGUUGGAGACAAUCUGAUGAUAGUUUUUGCUUUGUUCUGAAGUUUGCAAGAGUUCCAAAGGAAGUUUUAAAUGGGGACCGGAAACCAACAAAAAGUGAAGUGUUGAGCCUUACAAUGUCAAUUUUUGAUCCCUACGGUUUUCUAGCCAACAUUAUUAUAAAAUCUAAAGUCCUUCUACAGGAGUUGUGGAGGAGCAAAAUUGGGUGGGAUUCGCCCGUUCCUGAUGAGAUUUAUGCAAAAUGGUACGUAUGGUACAGAAGUUUAUAUGAUAUAUGUGAAGUGAAAAUACCCAGGUGUUAUGGGAGAAAUCUCUUUAGUACAAAAACAGUGGUUGAGCUACAUAUUUUUGCGGACGCUAGUCAAGUAGCGUAUGCCGCCGUUGCCUAUUGGAGGCUGUGUCACCAUGGUGAUGUUGACGUUGUUUUUGUUGCAGGCAAGUCGAGAUGUGCGCCGCUAAAGCCGCUUUCCAUUCCACGCCUUGAGCUGCAGGCGGCACUUCUUGGGGUAAGAUUGAAAGAGUCAAUAAUAAGCUGUCACGACAUAAGGCCAAUGAACGUCAUAUUUUGGUCAGACUCCAAAACGGUAUUGAAAUGGAUUCAGUCUGACUGUAGGGCCUAUAAACAGUUUGUCGCCCACCGUAUCGCAGAUAUACUAGAUUCAUCGGAGGUAGAGCAAUGGCGUUGGUUGCCUGGAGCACUAAAUCCUGCGGAUGAAGCAACCAGGCCACAGAACUUUUCAAAAGCUUUUUCAUCAUCAAGUUGGUUGAAUGGACCAGCAUUUUUAAGAGAUUCUAAGACAAGUUGGCCGAAACUCCCUGAUGAUAUUAAUGAACAUGAGUGUCAAGCGGAAAGGAGAUCCAAAUUUGUUUUCACUGUAAGUGACAAUUCAAUCAUUCCAUUCGAGAGGUAUUCAAACUUUAAUAAACUGGUCAGAGUUAUGUGUUGGGUUCGACGAGCGGUGAAAAUGUUUAAGUCGUAUGGCGCCGUUCGAAAAGAAAUAGCAGUAAAUUUUGGACGUCAACUAAGUGCUAAGGAGAUUAAUGAUACUACUGACUUUUUGUGUAAAAUGGUUCAAAGAGAAGUUUUCUCGGAGGAGUACAAUCAAUUGAGAAUGAAUAAACCCUUAUCUAAGUCUAGCUCCAUUUUUAAAUUGACUCCGUUUUUAAGCAAAGAUGACUUAAUUUGUUUGUCUGGUCGUAUCUAUAAUGCCACUUGUGUUGUUCGUAGUACAAAAGAGCCUAUUAUAUUGCCUAAGAAGCACGUACUCACCACGCUUAUUGUAAAGCAAUAUCAUGAACAAUUUAGACACCAGAACCAAGAGUCGAUCUGCGCCGCAAUCAGAGUAAAGUUUUGGAUACCGUGUUUGCGGCAAUUAGUAAGGUCCGCUAAAAGGAAUUGCCAAGUUUGUAAAAAUAUGUUUGCUGUUCCAAAGCCACCACUAAUGGGUCAACACCCCGAAGAUAGACUUACUCCUUAUGUAAGGGCAUUUUCAUAUACCGGCAUAGACUAUAUCGGCCCAUUUUUAGUUUCAAUAGGUCGUCGUCGUGAAAAGCGAUGGGUAUCUUUAUUUACAUGUCUAACAACCCGGGCAAUUCAUCUUGAAAUUGCAAAAGAUUUAUCAACCGAUGCAGUGAUAUUGUGCAUACGAAAUUUUGUCAACCGAAGAGGCUUGCCUGUACGUAUAAGAAGUGAUAGGGGCACAAACUUUGUGGGUGCAAGCAAGGAGAAGUUUAUUUUCGAUGAUGCAAAAAUAAUAGAUGAGUGUUCACAGCGUGGUAUAGAAUGGCUGUUUAACACCCCAGCAAAUCCAUCAGCUGGCGGAGCAUGGGAGCGAAUGGUCCGUUCGGUUAAAAAUGUAUUGGCUUUCACAUUAAAGGAAAAGGCUCCUCAAGUUGAGACCUUCCACAGUUUAUUAAUAGAGGCGGAAAAUUUAAUAAAUUCGCGACCAUUGACGCAUCUUCCCAUAGAGAACACGGAAGCUGAACCUUUGACACCCAAUCAUUUUUUGAUUGGAUGUCCGAAUAUAGUACAAACGCCUGCUGUGCUUGAAAAAAUUUGCCUGAGAAAACAAUGGCAUAUACUGCAGCAGUUAAAACAAACUUUUUGGAAAAGAUGGAUACAAGAGUAUCUGCCAGAGUUAACUCGAAGGACAAAGUGGCACCAGCCAGUUAAGCCUAUCCAGACCGGUGAUUUGGUUAUAAUAUGUGAUGAUAGUGAAACCCGUGGGCAAUGGAAAAGAGGUGUGGUAGAGGAGGUGUUCCUGGCAGCAGAUGGGCAGGUUCGUUCGGCGGUGGUGAGAACAACAAUUGGCAAAUUAAGACGUCCGGCAUCGAAAUUGGCAGUACUUGAGGUUAGAAGUGAGUCUCCCUGGUCGACACACGGGGGCCGGGAUGUUAUGAAUUGAUUUUGAUAAUUUGAAUUUGAAUUUUGUAACUGUAUUCUAUGUUUUUGAAACAGUGAUGUAUUCAAAUAAUAUGUGUUUUGUUUACGUAUUUUUAUUGAAGUAAUUGUAAGGUUCGAAUAUUUUUUAUGGUAAUCGCUUGGGUGCACAAAAUGCACAAUCACCGUUUUAUGUUAAUUUGUGAAGAAGAUUAGAAUAGAAUAAUAAAACACGACACACGAUACACAUUUGCAUCACAUGUUGAUGCUUUCGAUUUAAACAUUUUGUUUUAUUAUUGUUCUAAGUGGAAGUUACUGCCGUAACACAAAUUUUACGUUGCUGCCG